AUGGAUAGCAAACUUCUUCAACUAUAUGCAUAUGAGCAAUCAAGAAAACCUGGAAGCUUUGUGGAUAUAGUUUAUCAUGAAAAUGCACGUGUUCUUCUUCAUGAUGAGAACAUAUAUCGUAUUGAGUGUUCGUCUACACCGCCCCGAUUGUCUAUUCAGUUGAUGGAUUACGGACACGAUAAGCCUGAAGUGACUGCUGUGUCAAUAGAUCCUAAUUUUUCAGCCUAUCUGCACAACGACUUCUUAUCUGUUGUCCCCGACAGCAAGGAGAAAUCCGGAAUUUUCUUAAAAAGGAAUAAGCUAAAAUGUGCUUGGAGUGAUGAAUUUCCAAACCAGAUUAUGGAUGGAGUACAAGUUACCAAUGGUCUGGAAUGUAAGAUUGCUUGCAAUUCAUCCAAGGUUUCAUACGUUUUAGAUACAGAAGACUCUCUAUUUCGAACAAAACGGAAAAGGAGAAUUUUGUAUCCGAACAAUUCUUAUCGUGAACAGACAACGUCGUCUUCAAACAUUUGUUCAAGCAGAACACAGUGGUUCUGCAAAUUAUUUUCCGUCAAAUGA